CGAACGGCCUAGCGAGCGUGGCCAGUGGCGAGCAAGCGGCAUCUUGGCGACAUCAAACAUCACGCUGUCGAAGUCACCGUGGUCGAAGCGAAGUGUAACCACGUGUAACGGCGGCGCGCUUUUUAGCUCUGCUUCAGACCAAGGUACCGAAGCUCGACACCUCUUCGGUUCUUCCGACCAACGCCGAUCGUUCUGGCGUUCUUAGUCUGUUGAAGCGGGUGGCGAAAGCAACGAUGCAGCAGUCAUCCGAGUUGGCUAAGCGUCUGGCGCUCAACUAGUGUGAUCCAGCGGUUUCGCAAGAUAUGCCGCUGCACUGUGCAGCGCAGGACUGUAUGAACUGCAGUUCUUACAAUGGCAGGCUUGUGCAUACGUUUCCAACCGAGCCCACGUUGCGAAAGUUAUGGAUUCGCGCCGCCCGCCCUUCACAGCCAACCUGGCUGCCCUCGAAGAGCGACUGGCUAUGCUCAGACCACUUCGCAGACGAAGACUAUCACAUGAGCCCGACGCUACUACGGAGCCUCGGCCUGCCGACGAAACGUAGCAGGUUGAAACCUGGCGUGGUGCCGUCGCUGUUUACACGGAAACGCAAGCAACAGCAACCCGAUGGCAACGAGGAAAAACGGCGACGGAAAGAGAUUAUUGAUGACCUGUUGGGAAAGCUACCACAAGCAACAGCCACAGACACUGUUGAACAAGUUGACAUGCCAUCAACCUCUUCGACUACUAACAAGACAAGGCAAAGCCUUGACCCUCAACAUGAGCCACCACAUGAUGAAAGUGCUGGCAUCGAGGAACCUUGUUUCAGCUCAGCCUCCUCCCUCAGUAAGGCUGCACAAGCUCGACCUGAUCUUCUGGAUGCUGCUGCGCAAGCUCGACCUGAUCUUCUGGAUGCUGCUGCACAAGCUCGACCUGAUCUUCUGAAUGCUGCUACGCAGUCCUCAGACCUCUACUUGCUCAGAAACGCAAGCACACAAGUCAUCAUCAAGAAUCCGUCGCGAUACAGCCAAACGGAUCCUGUCCUUGUGAGGCCACGUUGCUCAUCACCAAAUCACCUCCUGCAGGCACAAUUAGAUUGGACGUUGCCUACAGUGCUGACACAGUUGCCACAACCUCCAAUGCCGCCAGAACCAUCGGCGCCACUACAGCCAGAAGUGCCACCGCAGCCGCACACAGUUACUAGCGAACCAGCCAUCCCAGAAGAUUCCGGCGAGGAGUCUUUUACAGAGCUGCCUGAGCAACAUUUGGAAGCGGACACAACAUAUCUUCCAUCCGACACAAGCCUUCUGAUGAUGUCAGGCACCAGCUUUCUAAGGGAUCACCAGACAAGCACAUCUUGUGCCAGCCCACUGGACAAAGACAACAGUGCUGCCAUAAACGACCACCAGACAAGCACAUCUUGUGCCAACCCGCUGGACCAAGAAAACAGUGCUGCCAUAAACGACCACAUCUUAGAAAGAAAGUUCUUGAUUUUUGAAUCUUCCUUGGACGAGCUCCUUGCUAAAUGUCCGAAGUGUGCCGCACCCUGCCACACUAUAGAUAAGAAGGUCAAGGGGACAUGCCUCACAGUACGAAGAAUCUGCAACAAUGGCGAUGUGCACUGCUGGAGCAGCCAGCCCAUUGUGAACAGGAGGCCACUGGGCAACAUACUCUUCGCUGCAGUGACUCUCUAUUCUGGAUGCAUUGUGAAGAAGGUCCUGCGGCUUUUCACCCAAAUCGGAGUGCCCUGCAUCUCAUAUAGAACAUUCUUCAAGGUCCAGGCUGCCUUCCUUCUGCCAGCCAUCAGACAGGUAUGGAACAAACAGCAGACUGAGCUCUUCAAAGAAUCCACUGGGCGAGGGCUGGUCCUUGCAUGUGAUGGGCGAUCAGACUCCCCUGGGCACUCGGCCAAAUAUGGUACAUACACGGCGAUCGACUCCAAGACAAAAAAGGUUCUGCAUGUCGAAACAGUGCAGUCCAACGAAACAAAGGGGAGCUGGGCUAUGGAGCUCGAGGGACUGAAAAGAACCCUUGUGAUCUUUGAGGCAAAUGGCCUAAUUGUGGAUUCCGUCAUCACCGAUCGCCACAGCAUGAUUAAGUGUUUUCUGGCCAAGGUCCAUCCCCACAUUUUGCACAGGUUUGACUGCUGGCACGUUGCAAAAGGCAUAAAGAAACGUCUUGUGGCUGCUGGCAAGCUCAAGUCCCUUGCGGCACUCCAGGACUGGGUGCAGCCCAUCGUAAAGCACCUAUACUGGUGUGCCGAAUCAAGUGAGGAAGCGCCAGACGAAAUCCUCCCCAAGUGGGCAUCUCUGGUGGGACAUGUGGCAGACAUCCACGACCAUGCCGAUCCUACCUACCCCAAAUGCCAGCAUGGAGACCUGGGGAAGAAGAAGUGGCUUCCAGAGGGGCUUCCAGCACAUGACAAGCUCAAGAGCAUUGUGCUCUCUAAGGCUCUGCUGAAGGACAUACCACACCUAUCGACUUCGGCACAGACAUUUUCUACCGAGUGCUUUCAUAGCACAUUAAUUCAGUUUGCGCCGAAAUCUACACACUUCGGCUAUCAGAGCAUGACGGCAAGAACGUAUGUGGCAGCAUUACAUUUUAAUGAAAAUGGAAGUAGGCCACAAGCCACCACAAAAGAGGGCAGCAAAAGGUGGCUGCUAAAGUGCCCCAAGCAGACCAAGAGAGCGGUUGUUGCUCCCACAAAGGGGCCCUGCACGUACGUCUACGUCCGUGAGCUGCUGGAGGAGGCCCUCAGCUUGAACUCGCACUACGCAUCAUACAGAGUUGCAAGGGAGGCACACACCACCGAGACUCCCCCACCUCUGUCGAGCGGGUAUGAACGACCCGACAAGGAGACCCUCAUCUUGAGCCACCAGACACGGUUUAACUGUUAAGAGACCAAUUUGCAGUGGUGGUCCAAUAGACCAUUUGCUAUAUCCCCCAAGCGCCCCGGCCCGCACUAAAAGAAUC